AGAAGGCACAUAGAGGGGUGGUCGCAAGCGACAAUAAGCCCCGCCAAAGCCGAGCCAAAACCAGGCCAAAUCGAAUAACUGCGCCAGGCGAAACCCCACCUGUGCCGCCCUUGCUCUCUGAGCCAACGUCAUCCUCGGUCGAUGCAGCCGAACGUGUUUCCAUCUGCAAGUUAAAAGCUCUCCAGCCCCGGUCUCGCGGCAUUUUCGCAGCCACUCAUGUUCUCGCGUCUCGCCCAGAUCACGAAGCAUCUUUCAGCUCCCGCUGCGGCUUCGACUCGGCGAUUUACACUCGGAAGAAUGGCUUCCGCCGAUGAGCGCAAUGCGCGCACGAUUCACACCGCAGCGUGCUUGAUUAUUGGUGACGAGGUCCUGGGUGGAAAGACCGUUGAUACCAACUCGGCAUACGUCGCGAAGUGGUGUUUCUCCCUCGGUGUUAACUUGAAACGAAUUGAGGUUAUUGAAGAUGACGAAAGUGAGAUUAUUGAGGCAGUGCGAAGGAUGAGUGACCGCUACGACUUUGUCGUGACGAGCGGUGGCAUUGGACCUACGCACGAUGAUAUCACCUACCAAUCGAUUGCCAAAGCAUUCGGCCUCCCUUUGGUGCUACACCGAGAAACACUUGCGAAGAUGAAGUCGAUGUCCAAACCGCACCCAUCUCAGCCCAAGUUUGACUGGGAUGUCGACUCGCCCGCCCUGAAAGCUAAGCUCCGCAUGGCCGAGCUCCCGACGGACGAGUCCCGUGACUUGAAGAAGCAGUUCAUCUUCCCGCAUGAGGAGCUUUGGGUCCCAGUUGCAGUUGUGAACGGGAAUGUUCACAUCCUUCCCGGGAUCCCGAGACUUUUUACAAAGCUCCUUGAUGGAUUAAAACCUUUGAUUAUACCAAGGCUUGAGGGCAAGGAAACCCAUAGAAUUUUGAUUUCUACUCCCCUCCCAGAGAGUGGCGUGGCUGGAUUCCUCACCGAGUUGCAAGCCAGGGUUGAGCCCCGCGGCAUCAAGGUCGGCAGCUAUCCUCGUUGGGGCAAGAGCCGCAAUACUGUCACACUUGUCGGAAAGGAUCAGGACUACCUGGAGAGUCUCGUUGCUGAAGUGGAAAAGGGUGUCCAGGGCCUGCGAGUUUCACAAGAGGGUGAGGAUGAUGACCAACCCACCGAGGGAACACCGGAGAAGGACGGCGCAAACACGAAGGAGGGUGGAAAGUGAGUCUUGACAUAAGUCGGACGCCCGCGAUACUCAAAUGGACACCGAGGCCGACUAAGUGUUUGCCUAUUACACUGCACCGGCAUUGGCACGUGGCUGUCGUUUCGCCGAGAACCUUGACGUUUCAUGGUAAGCUGGGGCGUGUGUCAUUGGAUGAAAACGCCAUGCUCGAACGCAUCAUGUAUCAUUAGAUAGUCAGGGUAGUUAUAGAGGCGCAGUUUGAUGUUCGU